UAUAAUUUCGAAUAAAUGAAAAUAGAACAAGGAGUCCAAAGAAAGACCUGCGGGGAAGGUACAUUCGCCGAUUUCCAGUUGCCUCUGCGGGGACAUGCUACGAGGGAGAUAAGUGUUCUGGUCGCAAGAAUAAUGGAGUGCACAAGAGGCGAAGUAGGGAAGCCGAUGAUGCUUCUUUUAUGCGGCACUCUGGUCUACUAUCACUGUGCUUACCGGAAUUCUAGCAUUGUUUCUUUGGUCUCCGAUGUCUUCAUCGUUCUCCUCUGUUCCCUUGCCAUUCUCGGCCUUCUCUUCCGUCAACUGAACAUAUCGGUUCCAGUUGAUCCACUCGAAUGGCAAAUAACUCAGGACACUGCUAAUGGCAUUGUUGCGUGGUUAGUUAAUACCAUAGGUGCAGCUGAGUCUGUAUUUAGAGUUGCAGCAACAGGGCAUGACAAGAGACUAUUUCUGAAGGUGAUUUUGUGCCUUUAUGUAUUGUCUGCUCUGGGAAGAUUGGCUCUGGGUGCUACUGUUGCCUAUGCUGGUAGGACUAUGCUUAUUUUGUCUUUAUAUGUUCAUGGAGUGCUCUCAUUCUAUCAGCUCAUUUGUGGCCUGGUUCUUGGGAAAAAGAAACGACCCCGGUGGAGAACAAGACACAAUGUAGCUUAUUAGCAGUUUCGCACUUGACUUGUAGUUCAAGAUUUUAUUUCAUGUAUGUAUACAUUGAAAGUUAGCCAAUCACCAAUCAAAUAAUUUAUUGAGAGUGGUUUUGUAAAUUACAAGGGUAAGAGAGGAUGGUUAUGCUGUUGAGGAAACUGUUCAUAAAGCCCACGCAGGGCACUUGACAUCAACGGCAGUCCUUUUGUCAUAGAAAUCAGAAGUGGAAAUAGACGAGUUAUUGUGAAACAUUUGUUAUUGUAGCAAAUACUAUUUUAAUCUUCGCAUUCAUAUACAGAGGGUUUGGAUUGUUCCUUCA